AGAGAGAGAGAGAGAGAGAGAGAGAGAGAGAGAGAGAGAGAGAGAGAGAGAGAGAGAGAGAGAGAGAGAUCUGAAUGUGACGACGGAUCAACUGCAGGGGUUCCAUCAUUUGCACAAGAAGAAAAACUAUUGAACUAUUGAAGUUAUGAGAAGGCAGGCAUUUGUGUUGAUUGGAUGAAAGCCAGGAGGUGUCAAAGGGACUCUUGUCCGUCAGCAAUUCUUGAUGAUGCCAUGACUUCAUCACGAUGGCGAUAAUGACGAUCAUAACAAUAAUCUGGUGAUGACGUGAAAGGAAGGUCAAAAGAUGGAGGCUACUGCUUUGAUCUUUGCCUGUUCCCGCGCUCAAUAGAUCGACCAGUCAACUAGUCAAUCACCGAGUCAUUUCUUGAUUCUGUAGUUCUGCCAUGUUGCAAACUGUGCAGGAGUCCUUUGGAGCAUAGGUGGGCAGGGUGGGGAAGGGAAGGGGAACUGCCACGAAGAACUUUGUUUGUUUGGCCGCGAGCUGGCAGCCGACGGCCGUUUAGAUCCAUCCCCCGCCGUUUGUGUUUCAGGUUAAGCAGAGGAGAGAGAGAGAGAGAGAGAGAGAGAGAGAGAGAGAGAGAGAGAGAGAGAGAGAGAGAGAGAGAGAGAGAGGCCUUUAGCGGAGAAAUGCAUGCAACGGAUAAGUAUUCAAGCAUGAUGAGGCCUUUUGAGAAAAUCGCAUCUGGCCAGCGGAGGAAUAAUAAGGAGAGAAGGGGAUGGUAAUGGAGAAGAGGCAAGGGCAAUUUGCUGAGUUUUGCUGCGUAUUGCUGAGUCAUCUCUUUAAUUUAUUUGAAUCUCAUCAUAACCAUGUUCAGAUAGGACGAAAUGCAGCUUCGCGCCAUGUUCAUCUCUUUAAGUUCCUUUAUUUGAAUCUCGAAGGCAGCCAUCUAGCUCUCCUAGUCAACGCGAGUAAGGCGCAGCUACUGUAUGCACAGACUACUGUGAUUGCUGCUCACAUGGAAAAGAGCAGUUGGGAGGAUCCUCUGCAGCGAAGGAGUUGGAACUCGUGAACGAGUUGUGCCAAGAAGCUGCAUGCACAGACGAUCAACGAUUGAAGUCAGCGUGUGAGAUGAUGAGGAGGUUGCUCAAGGUGAUUAGAAUGAACGGAUCGACAGUGACAAUCGACAGCGAGAUGCACUCGCGGUGAACUUGUCGAUAUUGAAGAGGAGGGUUGUGUAGGAGGAUGGGUUAAAGGAGUACAACCGUGGAUUGCAUUCCGCCGAGUUGAUUGCAUUUUGGAUUGGAUGAUAGUGACGGAACAGAUCAACAGGUGAGGAAUAUAGUUCACUGACGACGCUGCUGAAGGUGGACGAUCAUUUUGCGGUGUGCGGAGGGCUGGGGAGGUUGAAGGAGGGGAAGGCGGGGGGAAAGGGGAAGGAGGAGGGGAAGGGGGAAUCGUUUUGCGGAGUGCGGAGGGCUGGGGAAGGGGAGGAGGGGGACGGGAAAUAAGGCGAUCGUUUUGCGGUGUGCGGAGGGCUGGGGAGGGGGAAGGGAAUAAGGCGGUUGAUGACGCGGAAUGUGAAAUGUAAGAGGAACGAAGUGAUGGAUUGGUGAAUGUGAAAUCGGGGUCGGCUGAACGGAGAACGGAGAAUCGCUUCGCAUGCGAAUGCAAUUAAGAGAGGCAAUGGAGGAGCGCGAGGUACAGAGACGCCUAUAUUGCCUGUGUGCAAGGAAAGGAGUGGUUGUGGCCAAGAUUACCGUCAAAUACACGUACGCAUGGACGUAUGAUUGAUUACGUGUGCAAGUAUUUUAAUGGGCGAGGCGGCAAGUAAUGGCGGGAAGCGAGGCGGCAAGUAAUGGCGGGAAGCGAGGCGGCAAGUAAUGGCAGGAAGCGAGGCGGCAAGUAAUGGCGGGAAGCGAGGCGGCAAGCAAUGGCGGGAAGCGAGGCGGCAAGCAAUGGCGGGAAGCGAGGUGGCAAGUAAUGGCNGGAAGCGAGGCGGCAAGUAAUGGCGGGAAGCGAGGUGAUCAGUGACUUGCGUGAAAGUGGCAAGGAGGGAAGAAUGGCGGGAAACGAAGUUAUCAUGGACGAGUGUGAAAACGAUAGGGAGAGGCAAGAGACAAAGAAACGUUUUUGAUGCCGAGGACAUGUGUUGGGUGGUGUAGCUCUGAAGGAGCGAGCUCUGGAGACGUCUAUAUGCCUGUUUGCAGGGGGGAGGCUGAAUGUGACCAUGAUGUACCGUUACAUACACGAUACUUCGGGGAGCAUCAUUACGUGUGCAGGGGGAAGGUCCAUACGUUUGUGCAUUAAUCGGCGCGGAGGCAGGAAAUGGACCGGAAACGAAGGAACCACCAACGGCUCCGCAGAUGCUAGGGAGGCAAGAGAGAAAGCAGAUGCAUUUUGAUGCCGACGAUGGUGGGAGUAGUUUGGUGGUGGGUGUAUCUCUCCUUCUUCUAUCUCCUUGGCCAUCAUUUGGUAAACAUGUAUUUGAUCAGUCUUUUGGCGUAGAUGGCGUUGAUAAUUGCCACGUGGCAAUGAUUUCCAUGUAGUGCCACGUGGCGAUAGUCAUCAUGAAGGGUCUGUGACUUCCUGCCACGUGGCAAUUAUCACCAUCUGGUUCCACGUGGCAAUUAUCACCAUGUGGUUGCACGUGGCGAUGGUAAUCAUGAAGGGUUUGUGACUUUUCCUGCCUGCCACAGAGCCAGGAGAAUGACGGUACUUUUUGUCCUUCGUUUCUUCCUGCCCUUGAUUUCGUUUUCGAGAGUCUCUCUUUUUUCUUUCUCCGUAGCUUACCCCAUCUUUUGUUUGCUUCUUUUUCUUUUCGUUCGCCUUUAUCGUUUACAAGCACAUAUUCAAUUCUCAGGUAAGUUGAAUCACGGGGGAAAAAAACUUUUUUUUUUGCUUUCGUCUGCUUAUUAGCGUUUACAAUGAGUUAUUCAAUUCUCUGGUAAGUGGCAUUGGUCUGAAAAAAGAAGCGUCCUUUUUCUUUGAGUAUAGGUAUUAUUUAUUCAUUCCGUAUCUUUCAUUCCGUAUCUUUCCAUUGAUGAAAUCCCCGAGGUCU